AUUGAGCGUGAAGGUUUUCUGAGCUUUGGAUCCAGAAGCUUUCUCUGGUUUGAUGAAAAUAAUUUCUGUGUCAACAUUAGGGAGAACACACAUGUUAAUAGAUUUAGGAUAAAUGGUUGUCUGUCCCAAAUGUCCCGUCCUGGUGAACAGAUAUCUGAAGGACGCCUUGAGGGAAGUUCUUCAGACCUCGUCCCAACAUCCAGUUGGACUCCAGGAUGAAGGGAUUCGAUUUUGGUGGUCCAGGAUCAAGGUGGUGUCGUGGAAACCUUUAGAAUGUCUCAAUGGAAUCAUUUCACUUGGACUCAGAUUAAGUGUAUAGAUUUCCAGUCCGGUUUGGAACCAGGAGCUUUCAGCCACACAUCAUAGGGAGAUGCUCUGGAUUCCUGGUGAUAACACGCAGGUUGAUGUAUUACCUGUUUGUCUCUCGGACACGGAACCUCCUGUCAGACACUGAUGAUCUCAGGAGUUCGGAGUCAGUCCGGGUCUCUCUGCAGUUUGAGGGCUGCUCCUUCUCUUCAGGGGGAGGAGCGCGCACCUUGUUUGGCGCACUCGAGUCGUGGCUCCUCCGCGCGUAAUGCGGACGGUCUCCUGCCCGCUGGCGGUGAGACACCUCGGCACAGUGGUCCAGCGAGCGGCUCGCUUCAGGGCAGAGUUUCCAGCUGUGGACAUUGAAGAAGGAAAUGAUUGGUUUGAUAUAAAUCACUGAUUGAAACCUCGCGGACACUGAGACUUCUCCGUGCGCACUUCUCCAAGUGAACGCGUCUGUGAGGAGCCGGAGGACAUCAUGAGGACCAGAGGUUCGGUCUCUGCGCUUCACCUGAGUCUGUUGCUGCAGCUGCUGCUCUGCUGGGAACCGACGGAGGCCAUUCACCCAGACUGCGCCCUGGUGGCCCAGCACAUGAGAGCUGAGGAGCAAUGCAACCAGAUCCUCAGACAGGAGGAGAGGAACCACUCCAGCAGAACAGGUUGUCCCACAGUGUGGGACGACAUCCGGUGCUGGUCCCGAGCGGCGGUGGGACAGGUGGUGAGCGUCUCCUGUGCCAACGUGUCCCAGCUGUUCGCCAACAACCAAGGUCACAUCUACAGGAACUGCACUGAGGACGGCUGGUCCGAGGCGUUUCCUCCCUACGAGGACGCCUGUGAGUUUGCAGAAGACGAGGAGACGGAACCCGAGACGGCGUACUUCUCCAACUUCAAGCAGGUCUACACGGCAGGAUACGCCACCUCCCUCAUCUCACUCAUAUCCGCUAUCUUUGUCUUCACCGUCUUCAGGAAGUUCCACUGCACCAGAAACUACAUCCACAUCAACCUGUUCUUCUCCUUCAUCCUGAGAGCCAGCGCCGUCUUCAUUAAGGACGGCGUCCUGUUCUCUGAUGAGAACCUGGACCACUGCUUCAUGUCGACUACGUCCUGUAAAUCGGCCGUGGCCUUCUUCCAGUUCAGCAUCCUUGCAAACUACUUCUGGCUGCUGGUGGAGGGCAUGUACCUGCAGACGCUGCUCGCCCUCACCUUCGUCUUCCAGAAGAAAUACUUCUGGUGGUACAUCCUCAUCGGCUGGGGUCUCCCCACCACGAUCAUAUCGGCCUGGAUCCUAACUCGCAACUUCUACGACAACAAGGGGUGCUGGGACGACACAGACGUGGACGUUGUCUGGUGGAUCAUUAAAGCUCCGAUAACUGCUUCACUGCUGGUGAACUUCAUCAUCUUCAUCAACGUGAUCCGGAUCCUGGUGCAGAAGCUGAGGUCUCCGGGCGUCGGGGGAAAUGACACCAGUCACUUCAAGAGACUGGCCAAAUCCACUCUUCUUCUCAUCCCCCUGUUCGGGAUGCACUACAUGCUGUUUGCCUUCCUCCCAGAAGCCACCGGGGCCGAGGCCCGACUCUUCAUCGAGCUCGGGGUCGGAUCCUUUCAGGGGUUCGGUGUGGCUCUGCUCUACUGCUUCCUGAACGGAGAGGUGCAGGCGGAGCUGAAGAAGAGGUUCUGGAAGUGGCAGACUCAGAAUUACCUGCGCUACAGUAAACGACGGCGCACGUUGUUCACUGAGAGCAGCACCAUCACUCAGAUCUCGGUUCUGGACAAGUCCAGCCCCAAAGACCAGCCGGGCUCAGAGACACAGGCGCUCACACACAAUGUCACACACAGUGCCACACACAGUGCCACCGCGACGCACAACAACGUGUCCACGGUCUGACCAGCGCUCGGCCUGCUCGUGUGUUGUCCACGUGUUGAAAGCUACAGGGACCUCCAGAGAGUUUCUACUGAGUUGUGUAGGGGGCGCUCACGAGGCCGAUGGAGCUGAAGCGUUUGUAGUAUAGAUGUAGUUCAAUUAGAUCAGAUCUACUUCUUUUAAUCACAGUUACAACCUUUUUGUUUGUGUUUGUGACGUCACGCAUCAUGAGACACUUUAUGAUAUCCUCCAUUUUGCUUUCUGUGUCAAUGUGGGAAAACGUUAACGUCAUCAUCAAUCAUUCAAACCUGAUAAACUAAAAUCUAUUCUUUAUUUAAAUCACAGUUAUAGAUAACAAACAACCUUUUGGUUCAGAAGCAGGUCAGUGAGGAUGACCUCGUGAGCGCCCUCUAGGUGAACUGCAGCCUCUCUUGAUGCAACAGCAUUUAUGAGAAGUGGAAACCUUCACUUUUAGUUGUUAUAUUGUUUAAGGAUGUUUUUGCAGAAUCCUUCAUGUGCUGCCAGAUGUGUUGACUUCAACUUAAGUUUAGAUGAAUUCCCUUCACGUUGACUUUACCUGCGACGUGAUGAUUCUCUGACUCACAAACACAAACUCACGUUUCUCUGCAGGUUUGUGUCUGAGGUGAAUGUUUGUUUCCUCGAUCACAGACGUGUCAAAGUUCUGCCCGGUGAACGACCACCACUCAGGUCAGAACCCC